AGGCUUCUUCGACAGUUUAUUUUGAAUCAACAAUAGUACAUAGAGAUAGAACUAGAAGUAGUAGCAGACCUUUCCAAAUAAGCGAGGAUUGAUGAUCUAUCCUAUUCCUGUACUUCCUGAAAGAAUGAAAAUAGAAACAAGAUGAUGAACCGAGCGUCGAUGUUGUUUGAGGCUGCAGCCUGCCUCUCCGUCGCUGUCUUCCUUAGCUUCGGCUAUCUAGAGGUGAAAGCAGUAAAGGUCAUUGCAGUUUCGCGCCUUGCACUUGACGAGUGUGCGAUCACUGCCGGAAAUGAGCAGCAGGAAGCAACACUAGGUGACAUAUCUUCGUCAACAUCACGCACCGCGAGAGGGAGUGCGACGGAGGUCGAGAUGGCACAGGCCCAUAUAAAAUUUCAGGAGUUUGAAAGACUAUUCGGAGAAUACUUCGCUGAAGAAUCUGGGAUAUUUUCGAAGCUGCUCAACCAAGAAGUCGUUGACCUUAGUGAUGGAAACGAAAAUGCGUGUGCCGAGAAAGGAACACGCAACAAGAAGGCGCUUCUCCGUAGUCGAGUCGAGUCGCUGCAAAAGAAGAUGAGGGCUUGGCUGAUGCUGGAUCCAUCGAAUCUUGCAAGUACACAGAAGCGCUUUCUUGAGUUUCUCGAGGACUACGCGCAGAUUGUCAGCGAAGUGGACUCAUUAAGAGAUGAGCUUAAUAAAGAAGAAGACGCCGCCGGUGCAGCUGAUGGCGGUCUUCAUAAGCAUAUGCUUAGCCGGGAGGAAGAUGAGGAAGCGGCGAUCACAGUCCACGGGAAUCUCCGACAGGACGAGAAGAAACCCUUUACUCCUGGUCAUAGUCUGGCGAAAAGUAUUUCUUGGGCGGGCAAAAUCGGAAAGCAACUACGAAAUGUAGGCACGCCUACUGCAAGCAAGAGAGAUUCCGGGUCUCGCAGUGACGGUGACAACAUUCUUGACCGGGAGAUUCACGACGGCUUUGAGUCGGAAAUGUCCAGUAACAUAUAAAAAUAACAGGAGGCGAUGAAUAUGAUAGAUAGGUUUUGAGGACUCGAGCUUCAUCAGAUAGUACAGAUGUUGAAGAAUUUUCCUACAAGUUUGAGGACGCAUCAGGGAGCGCAUUUGUUUUCUUCGCUCUUUGAUCUUGUUCGUGACUUUGGUGUGGUUGUGAUAUGUGGAUGCUGAUAUCAUGUUGGCGACGUUGAUUUUGACCUUUAUAUUCCAGGACUCAAGGUUGCCAGUAGAGGGAAUUUUUAGAAGGUUAUAACGACCUUCAUCAUGGAGGAUAGAGCGGGAGCAAGUCCUCACAAGUCAACGGGUUACUACAAGUAUCUCUCAGGAGAACUUACGAUCAUGUACUUAUUCAUUGUCGCUUGUCUGCGAAAAGCUGAGCUCUUAGUACGUGCUUCAGAACCGCUUUGUAGUAGGAAAGCAAAAUGGCCCCAUGCC